AUGGCAUGGGCGAGAUAUCGUGUCUUUAUUUGGCAAGAGGAUAACUGGCCAAGGGCUUGCAAACAGGCCGUGAGACGGCGGGAUGGAGAGGAGGUUGGCUCUGUCAUGUGGCAAGUUUCGGGCAAGCGAAGCUGUACAAGUGAAUCGAAAUACGAUGAUUCAUCGGACCAACGUAGUUACGGUGGCCGAGCCCCAAAAAGUGGAGGCUCUUUGGGGGUGUGCAUCAUGUGGUUGGGCUCAUGA